AUGGGCAAGGAAAAGGCUCAGAAGGUGACAAAAAAGAAGGAUGAAGGAAAGAAGAGCAAGAAAGCUGCCAAGUCUGCAAGCAAAGAAUCUGCCUUGAGCGCGCAACGUGUUGUGGAGUCUGAGAGCGAGCAAGAAGCAAAGGUCGCAAAAGCAGAGAAGAAAACGAAGAAGAGUGAGGCCAAAUCGCCGAAGAAAACCAAGGCCGCCGCUGCUCCACCGCCGCCGCCGCCCAAAGCGCCCACGCCGAGCGAGAGCAGCGAUGAAGAGGAGACCGAUUCCGACGAGGAAAUGCCAGAUGCGCCGAUUGUGCCGAGAAAGCCAGAGUCAAUCCCACCAAAGAUCAACGGCAUCAAGCGGAAGGCGGAAAAUGAAAGCAGUCUGCGCGAAUCUACAAAGCUUGAAGCAAAGCGAGUAAAGACUGCUGCAGCGCAAGAAGAUGCUAAAGAUUCGUCUGAUGAGGAAGAGACAGAUUCAGAAAGCAGUGAAGAAGUCGAAGCGGAGAGGGUGUCAACAAUAGCACCCAAACCUCCUGCUGCUACAGCCAAAGCGAAGCUUACGAAGCCGGCUACACCUGUUCAAGCAGAGGACAAGGAUAGCGACUCCUCAGAUGAGUCUUCAGAUGAGCAGGAGACAGACUCAGAAGAGGAGAAUAAACGCGAUGAGGGCAACGCGGCUGCACACAAGCCUGGAGCUGCUAUGGCGCGGACAGAGGCUGUGCCUGUGAAGCCGUACAAGCCGCCUCCAGGGUAUUCUGCAAGCUCGAUCGCCAAGUCGAUGCUUCCUGCAGGACCUAUGACCGGCAAGCAAGUAUGGACGAUUACUACACCAUCUAAUGUGCCUAUAACAUCAAUCAAAGAACUGGCGCUUGAUUCGACGCACACUGGCCUGCCUGUGCUCGAGCACAACGGCACAAGCUACAUUCUGAGCGAAGACAGAGGUGUUGAAUCCGACACAGCAGUGAUUCCGACUGCACAUGGCUACGAUCCCGCUCCUCAACGGAUCGCUAUGAAGCUGGUCUUGCAACGCAAAGUUGAUUUGCCCAACUUGAGCGCGAAGCGAGCUGACACUUCUACGGGGAGUAAAGCAGCAGCGAAUAUCGCGAGGCCGGCAGUGUCAACAGCUCGUCCGCAGCCAAAAGGGAUGAGAAUGAGAUACAAACCUCCAGGCUUCGGCGCGGGUGAUCCAGGGCUUGGCUCUGAUACAGACGAGGAGGCCUCACGACCCUCCAAGAAAGACAAAUCGCUCCAGUUCCCGAAAGCACUCGGUGCUCAUGGCGCUUCUGAUAAGCCUGACGCAGAGACACCGAAGGUGAAGAAGUCUAAUAAGAAGAAAGAGAAGAUUGAAGAUGUCGACAUGGUGAAUGGCCAUGAACCUGCGCCGCCGUCGGAGUUGAGGCUGUCGAAGUCUGUUUCGAAAGAGUCGGUGGAGAGAGCGAGCUCGAAGGAUGGUCUCAGCAAGGAAGAGAGGAGGAAGCGCAGGGAAGAGAAGCGAGCGAAGAAAGAAGCCAGGAUCAAGUCGACCACCUAG